UGGGUCUUAUGGCUACAUGGCUCCAGAACUUGCACUUACAAUGCGGGUCACAGAAAAGUGUGAUGUUUAUAGCUUUGGAGUGGUGACAUUAGAAGUUAUGAUGGGAAGGCACCCGGGUGAACUCCUGGCUUCUCUAUCUUCAUCAAAAAAAUCAUUACCAGAAAAUCCUGAAUUGUUUUUAAAGGAUGUGUUAGACCAGCGGCUCCCACCUCCCACUGGCCAAUUAGCAGAAGAAGUGAUGUUUGUGGUGAAUGUAGCAUUAGGAUGCACGCAUACCACUCCGGAAGGACGACCUUCUAUGCGUUUUGUUGCACAAGAAUUGUCUGCAAAGACCCAGGGUAACCAUAACAAGCUAACAAGCUUUCAAAAGUAGAACAAAAUUCGGAAAGAGCUUGGUUGGUCUUGCCUACAGUUGUAUGCCAAUUUCAUGUUUCAGUAAUAUGUAUACAAUAAGAGUGUUGGGUAUUUCGUCCGAAAU